AUGGAAGCCAAUUCUAAGCUGGUGAUGUUCGCUGUCAACGAGAACCACCUCGUCGCUUUCCUUAUCUUCGUGGUGGGUUUUGGAUGAAUUAAUAAGUAUUUAUUAUUCCAGGUGUCCUUUGUUGGCUUGUUGGCCAACGCUACGGUUGCUUUGUUCAGUUCCACACUUGGGUCUCUUCAGAACUCUUUCGGAAGACUAUCAGCCAGCCAAGCUAUCGGGGAAGGGAUUUUGACGGGCCUUUUUUGUUUCUUCUAUGUUCCGACGGUGUUUUUGUGAGUUUUCAAGUAACGCAGAAGCAAAUCUUUUGCGUAAGGAGAUGAGCAGAAGAAUGAGCUUGAAAUUUGGUUAUUCUGUUAGAGGAUAGAAAGUAAAUUAGUUCCGGAGUUUCAUCACCGACGCUUACAAAUAUUGAAGAAGGCGGUUGAAAAAGAAUUUUAAAGUAUUUUCGAAAAGAAAAAAGGCAAAAACUACUUGAAAAUAAUUACGGUUUUUAUGAAGACUAACUUUUAACAAAAUUAAUAUUCCAGUCCUUCUGAAAAAAAUGACGUCAUUUCUCUUCAUUUUCAGCAGUCUGACGUCUUGGCAAGAAGUCUCUACGUAUUGUGGCGUUGUCCUUCUUUUCUGCUACGAUGUCUGUAUCUAUUGCCAUUUAUUUAUCUCUCUCAACCGUCUGACCGCCAUUUGUUUCCCCAUUCGUUAUGACCAGAUCUUCAGGUAACUUUAAACUCAUAAAAUUAAAGAGCCUUUGAAUAAUUAAGUAUCCGCACCACGACCGUAUACAUUGUCAUAGCCUACGUCCUUGCUGCUUCUUCCAGCUUUUACGUUCAUUAUUUAAGUAAGUGCAAAUCUGGGUCACACGACUUGAAAUUUCACCGAACGACAUUCCGCUGUUCCGCUGCGUGCGGUCGCGAAGCGUCUGCGCUUCAAGAAUGUCGGUGGCGCUUCCUUCUUUUAUUUCAUUCCAGUAUUUGAUUUUCCGUGUUCCCAGUGGAACAGUCUAUACACCAGCAAUGACAAGGCUCGCAAAGACAAAAAGCGGAACCACGGAAUGUCGUUCUAUGAAAUUUCAACUUGUGGCACACGAACUUUAAACAAUGUUAAAAUGAUGGAAAACUUUCUAGACCACUGCGAAUUCGCAAUGACCGGCCUUGGAUGGAUUUUCAUGUUCGAAACGAAUCCGAUUUGUGGGGAUUUGAGCUUGAAAUUCAACGGUUUCAAGGACAUUCUCGUUGUUUCGAUCAUUGCUGUUGUGGAUGUUAUUACGCUGUUGGCGAUCCAUCUUACUAGAAAAGUGAGCCUUGAAUUUUAGAUUUUCCAAAAUUGAGGAUUACUUUUAAUUUCAACAAGGGAACUUGGAUUUUUUCGAAACAAAAAAAUUUUUAAAUUUUUAAAGCUGAAAAUUGAGGAUAAAGAAGUCAACAGCGUAAUUUGCUCAGAAAAUUGUGAGUGAAUAAGUUCUAAAGAGCCCAAUUUUUUUACCCACUUAUGGACUGUAGUUUGUAAAGGUAUAUUAGAUUAGAGCUAUAAAUUUUUUUAUCGAUUUUUUUCGAAUUUUCAUCGAUUCGGAUUGAAAAAAUGUGUCUCUUUGCAACAAUUUUUCAAAAAUUUUUUUUCUACCGAUAAUGUUCCUUUUAAACUGUCGGUCUUGAAAAACUAACUCUGGAAGAUUGAAAAAUUAUAAACUUUUUCCUUUUUUUUCAGUCAGUCGCGGGCAAUAGCAACAGUCAACGACAGCGUCAGCGUGAAAUCGCGUUUGUAAAACAGGUUUUUUCUUUUUACCAGAUUUUUCUAAUUUUAAAUGUCGCUCAUAAAAUGAAAAACUUUCCAGGCAAUCCUACAAGGCGUCGUGUUUGUCACAGAGUUGUUCAGCUACUUUGUUCUACCGAAUUACUUCGAAAAUCGCUGGCUUCUGUUCUUUUCAACGACUUUCGCGUGGAAUAUCGUUCAUUCUGCCGAUCCGUUAGUUUUUCUCGAAUUUGGGUUUUCCACUAUAAAAUUUCUGAGAAAGCCCAAUUGACUAAUUUGAACUGACUUCAGUCUCUCGAAGUUUCAAAGUUUUCCCCGUCAAAUGAAGUUUUCGAGGAGUUUUAAAACAAUUUUCAAAGAAGAUAAGUUGAUUUUUUCAGUCUGAUCAUCAUCCUAUUGAACAAAGAGUUCCGGAAACUCAUCUCCAAGCCUUUCAGCAAACUUUCGUGCUCUUGCAGUAAGUCUCAUAUUGUAAAUUCGAAAUUAUAUUAAUUUUCCAGUUAGUUUCAAGCCAAACUUCGGACGAAUCACAUCCUACAGCGGCGAAACUCAACCAAGGGCAACCAAUACACCAGCCUGA